UAUUCAUUAGAUGUCCACAGUCAAAACUUCAUUUGGUAAAAAUCAUAUUGUGCAGGUUUACUUGUUUAUAAAAAUUAAGAGGCAUUAUAGGGGAAUAUAUACCUAUACAAACAUAAUGAUUGAUCAGACACUUCAGUAAAAUAUAUGUUUACUACAUGUGCUCAAAGGAACUACAAGAUGUUGGCAAAAAUGCUGGCCAGAUCCAAAUCAUUCACGUUGCUCUUUAGUAAAACAAGCCUAACCAGGUUUAAUUUAAUUCAAGACACAAUACAGAUUAGAAAGAAUUUCUGAAGAAGUGAUCUACCCAGUGGAAUCAACUGGACUGUACAUAGUUUACUGAACAAUUAACACAUGAAUAAAAAUAGCCAGAAAACUCAAGGAAUAUGCAGAAACUUCUUCAAUUUACUUUGUUAUUAAGAACCAAGGACUUCUUGGGAUAUUUAUAUAAUCCUUAAGAAAUGUCUUCACCCUGGUCCUGGUCCAGAAAGAGCCCUGAUUCCUUUCUGCUUGACGUCUUUUUAAAUUCAUGCCUAUUUGAAUACCUACUAUAUGCCAAGAACUGUCGUAGGAGUUGAGGUUAAAAUGGUGGCAAAACAGACAAGAUCCUAGUUUUGAAGAGCUAGGCACACUAUAUGUAACUUGGGCCAGCUGUAAGAUAGCAAAGGGCAGUGACAUCUGUGGUGUAACCAGAAUACACCUACAGGCAUUAAAUCUUUGAGACACACUACCAAACAAGUGGGGAGGGUGAAGUAGGUGGUCAGGCCGUCAGUUUGAAGUCCAGUAUACCCAGGAUCAUUCAUUUCUUCCUUUUAAAGGUGACAAUACACAUUGUUAUUAGGCAUUCUGUCUUCGGGUACUUAAACUUCAUUCUUCAAUGUAUUUGCACCAACUACUUACAAUUUAUUUCUAUUGUAGCUCUGUUCCUGUUAAGUAAAUCCUUCUGGCUGCAGAAAAGCAGAGGCAAGAUUCUCUUUAACACAUUCUGGCUAUAAAUGCCCUCUUAGACUAUUAGGUGGUUUUAUAUAUUUUUCUGAACUUAGUUGAGAAAAGAUGAUUUUCCAGGCCGAGCGUUGAAUGAAAGUCAACUUCGUCUAAUGUUGUGUCGUCUUUUCUUCCCACUAAGCUUCUUCCUGGGGCUAAAGCCCUUACUUUGAACUCCACUUGGUGAGUUGCAUGUAGCUCCCAAUUAAGUUUCAUACAUCCAUAAAGUACUAGUAGCUCACAUUACGAGAUCCAGGCAACCCUCUGAGGGCUGAACGUGUAUUAAUUCACUUAAUUUUCACCACCUGUUAUUCAGGAUUGCCCUCCUCAUCCCCAUGGCAGACUCAGUGUACCACCUGGCUUAUGAAAAGGGCUUCCCUCGUCCCCAUAAACGCGUACACAAAGGUAAAAGCGCAGUAAGGCGGCUCGCGCUUCUCCCCCAGGGGCAGAAUCUUCCACAGAUCACUCUCCAGGAUUCCCCGACCAGCAGCGUGGUCCCGAAGGCACAGUCGACGCUCAGCACCACAGGCCAGCUUGCCCUCCGCAGGCGCCAGGCGAACCCGCGUCUCAGUCACCACGCAAACACGGCCCAGCACCCACUCUGCCCUGGCGAAAGUGGAGGCCCAUACUUCCGGCCGUUCUUCCGGCGGCUGCCCGCCAACUUCCGGCGGGCGGGUGGGCGCGCGCCGCCUAACGACCUUCUGCGCGGACGGUCGGCCGGCGGCGGCGUGCGGAUGGAGGGCUCGGCCCCCGGCCUGGCGCGGCGGGGUUGGCGGCGGGCCCCGGCCGCGGGCUCCCCGCUCUCCUGGGCCGCGGUCGUCCUCCUGCUCUCCGCCUUCAUAUUGCGGGCGCCCCCGUCAGUUGGAUAUUUGAUUCACUUACCAAGAGGUUUCAGCUUGACCCAAGAUUUGGUGAAAAUAGUGGGAUCACCAGAUUUUCCAGUGAAAGUAUAUGUUAUGCUCCAUCAAAGGAGUCCACACAUGUUAUGUGUAACCCAGCGACUGCGAAAUUCUGAACUGAUAGACCCAUCUUUCCAAUGGCAUGGGCCAAGAGGAAAAAUUGUUUCAGAAAACAGUAGCGCACAAGUAACAUCCACAGGAAGCCUUAUAUUCCAGAACUUUGAGGAGAACAUGAGUGGAGUUUAUACGUGUUUCCUUGAGUAUAAACCUAUGGUGGAAGAAGUUAUUAAAAAUCUUCAACUAAAAUAUGUUAUAUAUGCUUAUCGUGAGCCUCGAUAUUUUUAUGAGUUUACAGCUCGUUAUCAUGCAGCUCCCUGCAAUAGUAUCUAUAAUAUUUCUUUUGAGAAGAAACUUCUUCAGAUUUUAAGCAAAUUGGUUCUUGACCUUUCGUGUGAAGUUUCCUUACUUAAGUCUGAAUGCCAUCGUGUUAAAAUGCAAAAAGCUGGUUUGCAAAAUGAAUUGUUCUUUACAUUUUCUGUUUCAUCUAUAGAACCUGAAAAAGGACCCAAGCCAUGUGCAGACCAUAAUUGUGAAUCUUCCAGAAGACUAGCUAAGUGAUCUGCAGCCCUGGAUCUUAUAAUCCACGUGAUGGAAUUCACUGCCUUCCAUGCAAUAGCAGCCUGGUGUAUGGAGCAAAAACAUGCUUGUAGGCCAUUCUUUUGAGUCCUUUGGUGGUUUAUUAAACAUGAAAGUAUAUUUUUGAAAUAUUACUAUACAAUAAAUCACUAUUAUGCAAAAAUUAAAUAUCUUAGAUUUUACAAAUAAUGGUGUCAUCAUUUUAAUUGAAACAUUGUAUGUCCAAAUGCUUUAUGAAUGGAACAUCCAGCAAUCUUUAUUCAUUGAUGCCAGACCCCCAUACUACUACAAAAUCUCUCUUGGAUCACUGCUUUUUAAAAAUAGUUUCAAAUACACUUUAUCGGGUUAGCACAAAAGGUCUUUCAGAAUUUUUACAAGAUAGCCCAUUCUAUCUUUACUGUAUUCUUCCACAGUCAUUUUAAUUUCAGCUUAUUUCAUUCCUUUGAUUUAAUUUUAUGAAAUUUUAGUUCUUCUAGUUUGACCUUUCAUAGUCCAAAGUCACUUUUUCAAAAGCCUCUGAGUCUUAUUUUUGAGAUUUUUAACCACUUUAGUGCAAGACCUAGUUCCAGAAACAUCAUGAGUUUCUAAUAUAGUUCAAUGUGGCUGUCAUAAACUUUACGAUUUAAAGUCCUUUAAAUUACCUUUGUGACGUUUUAGAAUGGAGUAAUCAUUGUAUGUUCCUAAAUUAACAUUUGAACUUUCACCAUGUGGAAAGAAAGAGAAAUUCAGCAAUUUCUUUCCGUGACAACACCUCCAGGGGAAAGAAUCAAACAAUCAUCGCCACUUUUAUUUUAUUUCCUUCACUAUUAAAGUAUUAUGUGACAGAUACUACUGCCACUACAACCUAAUACUUACACUCUCUCACACUGAGAUGCUAUAUUUGAAUAUGAAAAAUUACCAAAAAUUUAAGGAUUUAAGUACCAGGAAAACACAUGAGUAACUUACAAAAUUAGUAGUUUCUCAAUUUUCUAAUUAUUGUUGUAUAUACAUUUUUAUUCACUUUAUACUCUCUUGGACAUUUUCUGUUGAACGUGUCUCUUCAUAUUUCCUUUCUUAGGACAUAAACAUUUGUAAAUGGCAAAUAUCCAUAGGUUGGAUCUAGAUAUAACUGUGCAAAAAUCGACAGGAAAAAAGUUUGCUUAUACCUAGAAUCUAUUAGGCUUUCUAAAAUUAGCCAGUUAAUAAAUUAGCCUUUCAUUUCAUCAUCCUAUGGACAAAUACUAUCCAGGAAUUCUCACACAAAUACAAAGGGAAAAGAAAUGAUAUUUAUUUUUUAGCCCUGGUGAUGUUUCUUAAAAACAUCUCUUUAGACUUUCAUAACCAAGACGUAAUUGUUUUCAUUUGGCUUUUAGAGUUUUUUCUAGAGCCUUCUUUCCUCUAGUGAGUAACAUAACUGCCAUUGUACUGUUUGGGUUAGUUGCUCUUCUAGCACGUUUUCUGUAACUAGUUGAAGACCUGCUACGUCUCCAUCUCCAAAAGCAGUGUGACCUCCUAAAGUUUUCCACAAGUCUGAAUUGUAUAAUGAGAUGAAUCGAAAUACCUGUUCUUUCCUUUGUGCUCUGUAAGUUUGGAUUACUUUUUCCUAUCAUUUAAAAAUGCUGAGGAAUUUCACUUAGGAUAUAUUUUUCUGAGGAAUGCACAGUAUCAGCUCACUAGCUAGCCAGCCUGGCAAAGCAGAGGCAGAGUUAGAAUGGUGAUGACAGGUGUUGGAGAUGAGAAUCUAAUGAGGAAGAGAUGGGUGGUCUGGGAUGAGGGUAGACAGACAAGAGUAGGAGAGUGAUUGUAGUAAGGAAUGAAAUGUAGCUCGUGAAGGCAGGCUGGAAGUGAGAUUACACCAACUGCAGAGGGAGGACAAGGCCAGACGUUAGAAGCAGAGGACAAAAUAGAAGAUGAAAGUAAAAUAUUAAUUACUAUUUUCUCUUGGUUCCCAUAGUGAAAUGUUCUUUGCCCUAUUUUAUCACUUAUCACAUUUAUUUUAAUUGAUUGUGUUUCUGACGUCCACAUUCAGUUAAUACUAGGGUAUUUCUAGUUUCCUGGUCUUCUUCAUAGCACGUAGUUAUGUGCUUAAUAAUUUCUUAAAUUAAUUAAUAGAUUAUGAAUGCCCCAUGAUUAUCAGUACUUCAAUAACUAAGAUAAAAUUUGCUUCUAUUAUAUUAACAGGACAUGGAAUGUUGAAAGUUGUUUAAAGUGAUGACAAUAUGUAUGAUAAAAAUUAUAAACUAAUCCCUCAGAGAGAUUACUGUCAUAAGGCAGUUUCAAGUGUUUAUUAUUUCUGUUUGCAUCAAAAUAAUAUCUUACAUUUUUAUAAUGCCUUAAUUUUAACAGGACAUUUUAAAAAAAAUUUAGGAUCUGAUGUUUACAUGGACCUGUGAAGUUUUCAGGGCAAAUAUUAUUCCCAUUUUGUAUUUUAUUAAUUAGAUUUAUUUUCCCAUUAUAAAUGUGUAAUAUGUAUUCAUUUGACAAUAUGUAAAAAGAACCUUAAUAAGUUUGGUCAAGUAAUUUCACUUAAAGGAAACUAUCCUAAGAAAGUGAAUCAGAAAUCCAGUGAAAUAUUACAUCCAAUGGUAUUAAUUGCUGCAUUAAAUAUAAUGAAAAUGAAAUGAACAUAAAUGACCUAUAAGAGGGAAUUGGUUGAAUAAAUUAUGUUAUUUCCAUAUGGUACAAUGUGAUGUAGUGUUGGUAUCUGUACUGUUUAGAUUUUUCAAACAAAUGAACCAAAAUGUUAACAAUCAUUGUUUCAUGUAAUAUGAUCACACGUGAGCUUUUUUUGAUACCCUCUGUUUUCCAAAUUUUCUACAAUGAAAUGAGUUACUUUCAAAAUCUUGGAGGCAAUAAAUGUACUUUGAAAAAUUAAAAUAGUAACAAUUUGGAGAAGACA